AUGCGACGUUACAGAAAGAAACCAAAGAUGGAUCAAACCAAACCCGAUGCGACAUUCAUCAAAACUCUAGGAAAGGGUGCGUACGGCUCCGUAGAUCUCUUCAGUUACACCAAAGACGACGGCACAACGUUCCACAACGCCGUUAAAACCACAGACUCCGAAGAUUACAACUCCAUCGAAAGAGAGUUUCGUAUCCUAACCAAACUCAGAGGAUGUCACGGAAUCGUGCAAUCUUUCGGUAACUCUCUGCGUCAAGAAACCGAUUCUACCGGCAAGAAAGUCUACAAGAUGGCAAUAGAAUACGCAGCUGGUGGUAACCUAACCGAGUACAUCCGUAUAAACCGAAGAUUAUCUGAUUCGGUUAUCAAAGACUUCACACGGAUGAUUCUACAAGGAUUGGUUUCGGUUCAUGAUCACGGUUACGUCCAUUGCGAUCUUAAACCGGCGAAUCUCCUUCUCUUCCCACGUUACGAUCAAGAAACAUGGUUUUGUUCUUACGAGUUAAAGAUUUCUGAUUUUGGACUAACGGUUAAGGCGGGAGACGAGUCUGUUUGUUGGGAAGAUAGCUCUCCUUUUGUCGGAACGCCUCUAUACAUGUCUCCAGAGUCGGUACGCGACGGUAGAGUGGAGAAAACCCUAGAUUUGUGGUCGUUAGGUUGUGUGGUUUUGGAGAUGUAUAACGGUAAGCAUCCAUGGGUAGGGGUUUGUGUUGAUGAUAUAAAGUCUCGUCUGUUGAGUGGAAAGGCACCGGAGAUUCCAAGGGAUGUGCCGUGUGACGCAAGGUUGUUUAUGGAGAAGUGUUUCGCAAGGGAACGUGGAGAGAGAGGAAGCGCUUCGGAGUUGUUGUUGCAUCCGUUUUUGAACGGAGAGGGGAAGGUGGCUGAUGGUGACGCAGGCGGUGGAGUGAGGAGGAGGGUAGGGUUGAGAAUCAGAAAACCUCCGUCUAGGUUUGAAGAUAUUACUACACAUGGGCCGAAACAAAAGGCCCGUUUGAGAAAUGGCCCAUUAUAA